AUGAACGGCAACUCCAACGGCUCGUUCAUGAACAUCCAGAACGCCUCGCCGCCGGUGGGCCAGCUCCACAACCAGUACUCCUCGCCCAUGAUGCCGCCACAACAACAUCCGCUGAACCGCAACAUGCCCCAGGCGCUGCCCAACUACGGCGUGCUGUAUCCACAGCAACAGCGUCUGAUGAGCGUUUCAGCAAACGGCAACGGAAGCUCACAGAUGAUGAUGAACCAGCAUAUGAACCCGGGCGUCUCCAUGACGUCGGGACCACUGCCGCUGCCGCACAUGGCACGCCAGAUUUCUCCGAACCAGGCCCAACAACAGUACAUGCAAGGAAACGGUCUGUCGCAGAACCAGCAGCCCAAGUUUGGCGGCUACAGCCCACAGCCCGAGGCACAGCUCGAAGGAGGACCCCACAUGAUGCUGCAAGGCCCUCCGAUGGUCAACCAGUACAAGAUGGGCCCGGGCAUGAUGCAACCAGGACAGCUGCUGCAACCGAUACUGGCUCAGGCGCAACAGGCACAAGCACAGGCACAUUUCCAGCGUCAGAAUUUCCAAAACGCCGUAAGAGGCCCCAGGGUCCACAAGGCCCACAGAGUCAAGGUGACGGUAGCGUUCUGCAGAAUCUGCAAGCUCAGAAUCCAACUGCAGCAGUCCACAGCACAACCUCAGGCUCCUGGACUGGCAAACGGUCUGCAAGGCCCCGGACUGGCUAAACAAACCCAUUCGGGACCUCACUCAGCUCAGCAUACGCCCGUUCAGGGCUAUUCCGGCAACCCAGCGCUGGCACAGGGUCUGACCGGAGCACCGAGCCAGGGUGCACAAAAUCAACAAAAUCAGGGAAGAUCCGCCCAGGGUCUACCGGCUGGACAAGCCAUGCAGAAGAUGACAGCUAAUCAGGCUGCGCAAAAUGAGGUCCACGCUAAGAUCUUUCGUCGUAACUUGGGCAAUGCCGCAGUGGUGCGUUUAAUUGAUUUGAUUGAGCUCGUGCUGAAUGAACCCAUGGAGAGCUUGCGAACAAUUGAGUUUUGGACAAGACUUGUCCUGGCAUAUUUUGUGUCGAAUGGUACGAUUCGCUUCAGCACGAACACCCCGGCGCGUAAACAAGGUAAUGACGGAGUUCCCUUCGAGUCCAACUCAGGAGGCCCAAGAACAUUUGAGCUUGACGUGACAAGCGCCCCUCGCUUCUUUCUUUCAAACGUUGCAUCGCAAGCAUUGGCAUCGCUUCAGCUUUUCCUUUCGGGAACAAAAUUCCAAGUCAUGAACAACGGUCUGAUUUUCAUCGGCUCCAAGGUCACCGUGAACUACAAUUACCUGGACGGCUCUCUAGGCACCGCCAGUGGAUUCUGUCGCGUACUUUUGAAUAGAGAGUUUAAGAUCGACUGGGUCGACUGUCGGAUGCUCGACUACCGCAGCUCCAUUGGCACAGCUUCUUUGGAGCACCUCUGGCAAAAUUUCAGCAACAAUAAUAAUACUUCAAAAAUGGGCAUGAAGGAUAUCAUCAGCAGUCUCGCAGAUAACUGCCAGGCGUCCCAGACACUAGGCAAUUGCGGUCUUCAUGACCGAGCCAUGAGGACGCUACAGACUGGCGACAUGAUGUCGAUACUCAGUCCGCUCAUGGCGUAUCUGUCGAGCAACAACAUUGCCUCCCCGCUCAAGGCCCUCGAAGAAUUUACCUCGAAUCAAGCCGGCCUACUGAGAAUGGGCUCUGUGGCGGGCGGCACCAAUGGCUCUGUUUCCAGUCCAUCUCCACGCACGGUGACGCAAGAGGACCCGAAGCAGGUGCUCAAGAAAAGACGCUUCCUGUCCUCCUUGCAGAGUCAAAAACAUCUCCUCAACAGCACCAAUGGAGCCAUCACCAACUUCAUCACCUUGGGUUAUCUACCAUCGAUGAUCCUCUAUGGUCCACCUGGAGUGGGCAAAACAACGCUAGCUAAGCUUUUAGCGGAAGAGACGAACUACGUAUUUGUGGAAUUUUCAGCUACAGACGCCACGGUAAGCGAACUCAGAGAUCUACUGCAAGCCUUAGCUAAAGAGAACUUGAUGCGUCAGAGACUAGGCCAGGACAGGUUGAGGGUUGCUGUGUUUAUUGAUGAAAUUCAUCGUUUCACGGUUGUUCAACAGGACUUUUUGCUUCCUUUUGUGGAAAGUGGCGCUUUCGUGUUUUUGGCUGCUACUACAGUGAGUCCUAGUAAACGCAUCAGAAGAGCCAUUUUGUCGAGGUGCCAGCUCUUUGAACUCCGCAACUUGACAGAUGAGGAAUUGAGGCUUGUGGUGGAGAAGGCAAUUGUUUUUGAGAAUAUCCGCCGGCGGGUACUUUUCAACUUGCAACCUAUUACGUUCGAGGAUGGUGCCAGUGAGGUGAUUGCAAAGUAUGCUCACGGAGACAGUCGAACAGCAAUUAAUUUUGUGGAACUUCUCGGAUCAAGCCAUCGUUCAAGGGAAGAUUCGUUUUUGUCGAAAAGCCAGGUCGAGGAAUCUGCUCGAAACUCCACCAAAGUCCAUCUAGGACUCCAGAAUGGGCUGAGCAUUCGGCUCAUUCAGCAGCUCUACGAUUUCAUGAACCAGAGGGAUCCCAGUGUGGCAGAAAGGACAGAAAAACGGCCCCAGAUUGUGCAAUAUAGCCAUAAGCUGAACGAGUUCUUGGUCACGAUAAGCGUCAAGGCUGCCCAGGCUAUGGCGUCUGAUUUGGAAAGCUGUCUCAACGAAGACCCCACUGAUGCAUUUACAGAUGACGAAAGCGACCAAAAAGGGCACAUUUACCUGGACGACGAGGAGGAGCAGUACCUCACCAAUAGAGUAUCACGAACAAAGUACUUUGUGAGAGCAGCAGCACACACAAUGCUACAGCUUGUUUCAAAAGGGGAACUGUUGCAUGUGAUCACAAAGUAUCUCCUAUUGUACUCUUGCACGUAUAUCAAGGUUCAGUCGCUGCUUUUACCGCAGAUCAUGGCUGUCCACAAGUCGCUUCAGAAAGCUACCAUCGAUGUGCCUGUUGCCUUGACCAAUUGCAUCGAGCAAUUGACUAUAGCGCUGAAGCAAGAUGGCGAGCUUCUCUCGGACACUAUAUCAGAUUUGAAGGCGUUUUUUGGCAAGGUGGUUCGGGAUGUUAGCAAACCUACUGAGCCGACUUUCAAGGUAGUAGAGGACGAUGCUAUGGUCGAGGAAUUGCUAAAGGAGCCGGCUACGGAAAAGAUGGACGUCUCAGAUAAAACACCAGAAAUAGUGUACGACUUUGAGGAGGCCUUUUACACCCUUGGCAACGAGGGAACCAGUCUUCUUGAGACAUCCUCACCAUAA